AUUCCUCUGCCUCCCGCUCUAAACGACCCUCCUCAGAUUUAUCUCACCAGUGUUGGGGAUCCUUCCUCUCUCACCCCCAUUAUCCCCAUCGGAGGGUCCAAUCCUGUGCCCCCCCCUCACAUAUCCAUGGCUCCUCAGAUGCAGGAAGACUGUGGGGGAAUCACCAAUAAUGCCAGCUACCCUCCUCACCCCCAAACUGCUCCUCACCCGAAUCAUCAGCCUGUUUUUGUCAUCAUCAAACCCCCUCCCACACAGCAAAUUCAGCAUCAGGCGGCCAUGACGGCUUCUCCUCUCUCCGUCGCUCCUCUUCCUCCAUCUUCUGUCCGUCCUCUUCCUCUUUCUCCUUCUUCUGUCCGCCCUCCUCCUCCUCCUCCCAUCAUCAUCAAGGAGGAGAACCUGCCGUCGGAGGGGGAGGAGCUUCUGAAGAUGGUGCCUCUGGAGGAGAAACAGGUGGAGGAGGUCCCUCAGCUAACCUGUCACUCGGGGGAACUAGAGCCCCCCAUCACCAUCGUGGAGAGCCCCCCUCCCCCCUGCAUGGAGCCAAGCAAGGACUCGCUAACAG